AUGGCUCAACUUUUUAAUUCAACCUCAUACUACAAUCCCUUUAACCAGCCUAACCAACCCGCUACUAUUGAAAACCUCGUUGCACUGAUUAGGGCACUUAUUCAACAAAUACAGCGCUUAGAUAAAAAGUGCAAUUUGUUUCUAACAACACUUACCACGGAACAGCAUAAAGUGGUUUUAAAUAUAAUAAACCAAAAAUUUCCUGAAGCUACUGAUGAUAAGCAGAUUCCCGAGGCCUUGGAAUUUACAUUGGGCUAUUAG